AUGCGCGCCGCCCUCGGCAUCCCCAAGUCGGUCGACAUCCUCGAGCACAUCUACAGCCUGCCGACCGAGUCGGAGCAGCACGACGCCAUGGAGCGCGUCCGCGCCGUCGAGCGCCGCGCCAUGGCCGACCAGGUCGCCCAGCCCGGCCUCGAGCGCCUCAUGGCCUACCUCGACGAGCGCGGCGUGCCCAAGGGCAUCUGCACGCGCAACUUUGAGCAGCCCGUGCACCACCUGCUCGGCAAGUUCCUCGGCGGCAGCGUCUUCGCGCCCAUCGUCACGCGCGACUUCCGCCCGCCCAAGCCCGACCCAGCCGGCAUCCUGCACAUCGCGCGCAGCUGGGGGCUCACCCGCGCCCUCGAGGGCGAGCGGCGGCGGCAGGCGUCGCCCGAGCGCAUGGGCGCCGUCGACGAGGAGAUGCGCGAGGAGCGCGAGGAGACCGGGCGCGAGGUCGGCGACGAGGCCGACGCCAGCGGCCUCAUCAUGGUGGGCGAUUCCAUCGACGACAUGACGGCGGGCCGCAGGGCUGGCGCCGCCACGGUGCUGCUUGUCAAUGACGUGAACUCUCAUCUUGCGGAGCAUGCGCAUACAGAUCUGGUCAUCUCUAGGCUGGACGAACUCAUUGACAUCUUGGAAGAGGGUUUCGUCGGCAGGGAAGUGCCGACAGAGGAGUAG